AUGGUCGACCUCUCGGACAAAUCGAGGUGGCUGCGGAAAGACAUUCUUGCUGUCUCCGGCGGCUGGCUUGGGGAGCUAGUCCCUAUAAUCUCAGUUUUCCUGUCGUUUUGGGACAUUUUCGUCCUUGCGUUUCUCUUCAUUCCGUGCUGGAUCAUCUUGAGGGUAUCUGACUCCUUGACGUCAAUGAUUCUCGGCUUUACUUCUGACGUCACGAUACCGCUACAGAAUCAAUUGAAUCCUAAGCGUGAACCAACGCACACGAAGCAUCUUGCUGCUUAUUGGCCAGUCCUCAUUUUUGGCACCGGCAUAGAACUGUUGUGUUUCUUUGUGGUUCAUCCGGACCUUUUCACCCUUGUCGUAUGUAUCAAAUCGACUUUGAUGACGGCACUAUGGCUAGCCCGAAGAGCAGAUGGGAGCUUUGUCGUCAACUCUAUCGGAACACGAGACAUCGGCGCCUCCAACGCUUCGGGACUCGGGAGCAAAACCGCAUCCAGCGGGAGAGAAUUACCUACUAGCAAGAUACCUGGUGCAGAAUCAGGGGAGAAGAAGGAUAAGGAAACUCCUGAACAACGUUGGGAUCGAAAGCUCAAAGCUGCAGGAUAUGAUGACGAAGAGGGACGUAAAGCGAUGAUCGAAUACCUCAAGGGUAUCAAGGACCCAAAGAAGCAGGAAAAGCAGCUGAGAGAAUGGCUCAAGGAGAAGGAUCCGGAAAAGCGAAAGAAGAUCAUGGACAGAGCCAAGCGCAAGAUGGCUGAAAAGGCCCAGGGAACGUCCGCGUCCAAGCUGCCUGGAGGUGAAGCUGCGAUCGGACCUGACGAUGAGGUGUUCUCUCUAGCUCACCGACCGAAUCCGGCGACCUUCGGUAAACCUGGACCUGUCCAUCCUGCUGAUCAUACCGGCAAUCUCAUGCCAGAUUAUGCGCCGGAUGAAGGCCCACAACUCAAGUACGAUGCAGAUACCGGUGGACCAAUCACCGAUUUCGGAGACAAGAUCCCUAAUUCCGCCUCGACUGGCGAUCAGACACCUCCCGCCAAACCUGCCAAACGCGGAUUGCGAGAGCGACUCGGACUGAAGAAAUCUACAGCGUCAGCUCCAAUAGUGCCAGGCAUUAGUGACGAUGACGACAGCGAGGAGAAUGGAUCAAACGAUCCGGGCGCCCAUUGGAAAGGCAUGACUCGUCGACACCCGCCGGAGUCUGCCCCAGCCCCUGGCACUUCUGGGGUCAAAUCAAUGACGAACUAUGGACAGCGGCAAUGGGCUCGAUCACUCAACCUCUCACUGCCACGAUACAAAUAUUCUGGAGACAGCUCCGAUGCGGCUCCGCCUGCUGUUUGGGAGCAGGCUCUGCCUCAAGAUUCGCUCGAAUUGCUGGAUUACUAUCUUCAAGACGCAAGAGUGGAUUAUACAGCUCGAGGACAAUUGUUGAUGGAUCUUUUCGAUCAGAUGGAUCCCAAAUCCGCAAGGGAUCUACACAAGGCGUGGAAGGAGACAUACAAUAGCAAAGAUUGGAAGCGAAUCCUUGCCCCUUACGUUGGUGUCCUGUGGCGACCUCUCAAUCAAGCAUGGGAGGCAAAGGCUGGCGGGGAUCUCGAUGAAGUUCUCAUGGGCAAGCUGGAUCAGAUCAACUGGGUACUGAGGGCUAAGGGCUUCAGAUCCGCGAUUCGACGCGCUAUCAUAAGAGACCUCAUGUCACAGCCCAACGACCAAGCUCACGAUAUGCUCUACGAAGCUCUGAUGGCCCGACUGAGACAGUUGGCUCCUUGCAAUGAAAUGGACGAAGAGAAUGAAGUUCAGAAAGCCACCAGAACGGCUCUGAACACGACUUAUUGGAACAAGACAGACUUCGGUGGUCAAUUUUGCAUGAGCGAAAGGGUGUUCGAAGAUGUAGUCCGAUCGCUUCCGCCUGGUCCUAGGUCAACAGAGGUGAUCCGAUUCCUUAGAAGGCAGGGGACGAAGCAAGCUCUUGAAUUAGCCCUUCAGGAGUACGAUCUCGACAGAGGGCGACGAGCGGGCUUCAAUGCCUGA